AUGUCCGCCAACUCUCUGAACAAGAUCGCGCCCAACAGCCCGUCGAGGCAGAACCCCUCUGAGAUCGAGACCAGCAUCGCCAGCGCGUUGACUGACCUCGAGAACAAUGUCCCCGACCUGAAGGCUUCUCUGCGCCCUCUCCAGUUCGUCUCUGCUCGCGAGAUCGAGGUUGGCCACGGACGCAAGGCUAUUGUCAUCUUCGUCCCUGUUCCUCUUCUGUCCGGAUGGCACAAGGCCCAGCAGCGUCUCACCCGUGAGCUCGAGAAGAAGUUCUCCGACCGCCACGUCCUGAUCGUUGCUUCCCGCCGCAUUCUCCCCCGCCCUAAGCGCUCCAACCGCUCGCGCACCAACCAGACCCAGAAGCGUCCCCAAUCCCGGACUCUCACUGCUGUCCACGACGCCAUCCUGACCGACCUCGUCUUCCCCGUCGAGAUUGUCGGCAAGCGUCUCCGUACCCGUGAGGACGGCAGCAAGAUCCUCAAGGUUGUCCUUGACGAGAAGGAGCGUGGUGGUGUUGACUACAGGCUCGACACCUACAGCGAGGUCUACAAGCGCCUCACUGGCAAGGGUGUCAACUUCGAGUUCCCCCAGAGCCAGCAGACCGACUACUAG